AGAAAUGUAGGCGCCGGAGCCGCGAAGGGGGCUGGACGGAGCAUCGCCUUCCCUUGGCUCCAAUCGGCUGCCUCGGUCUCGCUCUGCCGAGAGCCGGGCGCGUCCCAGGUGCGGGAUGCCUGCCCUCGGCGGGAGGCUCUGGGCGAAAUGGGGCUCCGGUGAAAGGCAGAACUUCUUCUCGCCCGCGUUGCGCCUCGCUUGAGGAACGCCGCCGCCGCCGCGUCGAACUUUGGUUGGGUUUCCUCCCCGCGUCCCUUUCCCUUCAGGGGAUGGUGAAAGCUUUCUAAUUAGAAGGAGAAGAAGGAGAAGGCGACGCCUGGAGUGGAGCUCAAGCCGCGGGAAGGGCUGCGGGCCCCGCGGGACCCGCGAUGGCCACGGAAGUGGUGUGCGGACUGAUCUUCCGGCUCCUGCUCCCCAUCUGCCUGGUCACCGCAUGCGCAUUCCGCUACAAUGGACUGUCAUUUGUCUACCUCAUUUACCUCCUGCUUAUUCCACUCUUCUCUGAACCUACAAAAAUAACAAUGCAAGGGCAUACAGGACGAUUACUGAAAUCAUUAUGUUUCAUGAGUCUAACAUUUCUGCUUCUGCAUAUCAUCUUUCAAAUCACAGUAAAUAGCCUUGAAGCUGCUAACACAAUUGAACCAGAUUAUAACUGUUCAACAUGGGAGAAAACACUACGGCAAAUUGGCUUUGAAAGUGUCAAAGGGGCAGAUGUUGGCAAUGGAAUCCGAAUUUUUGUUCCUGACAUUGGCAUGUUUAUUGCCAGUCUUACCAUAUGGCUUAUCUGCAGAAAAAUUGUUGAGAAAACAGCGGAAGAAGAUGCAGGACUAUACAAUGCACAGUUUGAAAAUGAAGACAUGGGACCAGAAGAGAUGAGACUGUCAUCUUCUGAAUUGACUCCAUUCAUCCUCACUUCUUUUUCCUCUGAUAAGGAGCAGCCAGGGCCCUUACAGUUUGGGGAUGGAAUGAUGUUGCCAUCACUGACUUCAGCUGUAUAUUUCUUUUUAUUUUUGGGUUUGUGUACAUGGUGGUCCUGUUGCCGAUCAUUUGAUCCGCUGAUAUUCAGCUGUCUCUGUGUGUUAAUGGCAAUAUUCAGUGCAGGCCACUUAAUUGGACUUUACCUGUACCAGUUACAGUUUUUUCAAGAAAUUAUUCCUCCAGACGAUUUUUAUGCCAGGUUAUUUGGUGUCACUUCUGUCAUUCAAACUAACUGCUCAAGCACUUGGAAGAUCAUAACCAACACAAACUUGAAGUGGUACUACCAUACCAGUCCUAUGUUAAUACUGCUAUUGUACUUUAUCUUAGCAACUCUCAUUCGACUUUGGCUAAAUGAGCCUGCUGUACAGUAUGUGCCUGAUGAGGAUAAGUCUGGUAACAGGGAAGAGGAAUCAGAUUGCCAUACAAAUGAAAUGACUGCGGAGAGAAGGCGUAGCCUGUGGUAUACAAGCCGUUACCCAACUGAUGAAAGAAAACUUCUCUCAAUAACUCAAGAUGAACACAAGCCAACUGAUAUUCUACUGGUGACAGUGAAUGGCACACCUCUUGAUUAUCAGAACAUACACCCUUUACGUCCCAUAGAGAAUGGGCCUGCCAAUGCAGACAUAUACUCAAGACCACACUACAGAUGGGACCCAACAGUGGAUGACUUAGAAACAAAAGAGGAGGAAGAGGAACAGGAAGAGGCUGAUGAAGAAGAAAAUACUGAAGAAGAGAAAAAUUCCAAAGUUCAUGCUAUGGUCACAGUUUUCCAUUUUAUCAUGAAGCAAAGCUAUGUGUGUGCUUUGAUUGCUAUGAUGGCUUGGAGCAUUACUUACCACAGUUGGUUGACAUUUGUGUUGUUGAUAUGGUCCUGCAUACUUUGGAUGCUCCGUGAUCGAAGGAAAUAUGCUAUGAUCAGUUCACCUUUUAUGAUCCUGUUUGCAAUUACUUUCUGGCUACUGCUUCGACAGCAUCUUACUGAGCAGAAAGCUUUGCGGUUAAAGGAAGCUGUCUUAUCAGAAGUCAAAGUUGAAGAGGAAGGCAGUGAAGAAAAGGAAGAGUCUCAAAAAGAGGAUGAGGAAUCUCCAAAAGAGGAGGAGGAAGAGGAGGUGGAGGAGGCAGAGGUGGAGGAGGAAUCUGAAGAGGAAGAGGAAGAUGUAAUGAAGGUCUUGGGAAAUCUAGUGAUGGCUAUGUUCGUUAAGUACUGGAUAUAUGUCUGUGGAGGAAUGUUCUUCUUUGUCAGCUUUGAAGGGAAAAUUGUCAUGUAUAAAAUCAUCUAUAUGAUGCUCUUCUUGUUCUGUGUAGUCCUAUAUCAGGUGCACUAUGAAUGGUGGCGUCAAAUUCUGAAAUAUUUUUGGAUGUCAGUGGUGGUCUACACUAUGCUAGUGCUUGUUCUCAUAUACACAUAUCAGUUUAAAUCAUUCCCGGGACUGUGGAGAAAUGCUACAGGGAUGAAUGAUGAACAGCUAAAGGAUCUUGGCUUAGAACAGUUUUCCAUAGGAGAGUUGUUUACCCGCAUCUUUAUUCCAACCUCCUUCUUACUUGUGUGCAUAUUGCACCUCCAUUAUUUCCAUGACCGUUUUCUCCAGCUCACCGAUUUAAAAGCCAUUAUCAGUAAACAGGACAGUGCAAUUUACAGACUGGUGCAUCAAGAUGGAAGCUUGCCUGAUAUCACAAUGAUGACUUUACAUGCCAGUAUUGAAAAGGAAGAAGAAAAGAUAUUGCAAGAUCAGGAAAAGCUGUCACAAGAACAGGAAAACAGUGUAAUGAUUAGGGAAGAUAGCGAACAUGAGAAAGAGGAAAAUGAAAAUGAAAAAGAAGAGGAAGAAGGAGAUGAAGAAGAAUAUGAUGAAGAUGAAUCAGAGACAGAAGAAACAUCUGAUUUAAGGAACAAAUGGCAUUUAGUAAUUGACCGCCUCACUGUACUUUUCUUGAAAUUCCUGGAAUGCUUUCAUAAGUUGCAAGUCUUUGUGUGGUGGAUUUUGGAAUUACACAUUAUCAAAAUUGUUUCAUCAUAUAUUAUCUGGGUCACAGUUAAAGAGGUUUCUUUACUUAACUAUGCAUUUUUAAUAGCCUGGGCUUUUGCUUUGCCAUAUUCUCAGUUCCGCCCAUUGGCUUCUAGUGUCUGCACGGUUUGGACCUGUGUGAUUAUCAUCUGCAAAAUGUUGUACCAACUUGAAUCUAUUAAUACUGCAAACUUUUCUGUCAACUGCACAAUGCCUAAUACAACUGUAAAGCAAGAGAUCCUCAGUGAAUCACUUCUCUACCGAAAGCCCAUUGAUCCAACUGAGUGGGUUGGGUUAAAAAAAUCUUAUCCUUUGCUUGUAUACUUGAGGAAUAACUUGCUGAUGCUGGCAAUUCUGGCCUUUGAAGUUACUAUUUAUAGGCAUCAGGAGUACUACAGAUGUCGAAACAAUCUCACUGCACCUGAUACCAAAACCAUUUUUCAUGAUAUUACCAGAUUACAUUUGGACGAUGGAGUAAUUAGCUGUCUUAAGUACUUCAUAAACUACUUCUUCUACAAGUUUGGUUUGGAGAGCUGUUUCCUGUUAUCAGUAAAUGUAAUUGGUCAGAGAAUGGAUUUUUAUGCCAUGAUUCAUGCCUUUGCCUUAAUUGUUGUACUGUAUCGACGGAGAAGAAAAGCCAUUGCAGAAGUCUGGCCAAAGUAUUGCUGUUUUCUAGCAUGUAUCAUUACAUUCCAGUACUUUAUGUGCAUUGGCAUUCCACCCGCUCCUUGUAAAGAUUAUCCAUGGAGAAACCCUAACACUAAUUUUAACUCUAAUAUCAUCAAAUGGUUGUACUUUCCAGAUUUCAUUCAACGUCCAAAUCCCGUCUUUCUUGUAUAUGACUUCAUGUUGUUACUAUGUGCAUCCUUGCAAAGGCAAACCUUUGAAGAUGAGAACAAGGCUGCUGUGCGUAUUAUGGCUGGGGACAAUGUAGAAAUCUGCAUGAACCUUGAUGCAGCAUCAUUUAGCCAACACAAUCCUGUCCCUGACUUUAUCCAUUGCCGGUCUUACCUAGAUAUGGGCAAAGUGAUAAUGUUCAGCUAUCUCUUCUGGUUUGUGCUCACCAUCAUUUUUAUAACAGGAACCACUCGGAUCAGUAUAUUUUGUAUGGGCUACUUGAUAGCUUGUUUCUAUUUUCUGCUGUUUGGAGGAGAUCUAUUACUAAAACCUAUCAGGAGCAUUCUUCGUUAUUGGGACUGGCUAAUAGCUUAUAACGUCUUUGUGAUUACAAUGAAAAAUGUAUUGUCAAUAGGAGCAUGUGGCUACAUUAGUUCAUUGAUUAACAGUUGUUGGGUGAUUCAGCUAUUUAGCCUGUCCUGUACAGUUAAGGGUUACGAAAUUCCUUCGAACAAAGAUGGAGAAUGUAAAAUACCAAGUGGGGAGGCAGGGAUCAUCUGGGACAGCAUUUGCUUUGCUUUCUUGUUGCUGCAAAGGAGAGUCUUCAUGAGUUAUUACUUCCUCCAUGUGGUUGCAGACAUUAAAGCUUCACAGAUUCUGGCAUCCAGAGGUGCUGAACUUUUCCAAGCCACAAUUGUGAAGGCUGUAAAAGCAAGAAUUGAGGAAGAGAAAAAAUCAAUGGAUCAGUUGAAGAGACAAAUGGAUCGUAUCAAAGCCAGGCAACAGAAGUAUAAAAAGGGUAAAGAAAGGGUGCUGAGCAUGAAUCAAGAAGCCUCAGAAGGUCAAGCAAUUCAAAAGGAAGAUGAUGAUGAUGACGAUGGAGAAGCAGACAAAGAAAAAGCCAAGGGCAAAAAAAAGCAGUGGUGGCGGCCUUGGGUUGAUCAUGCUUCUAUGGUCAGAAGUGGAGAUUAUUAUUUAUUUGAAACGGACAGUGAAGAAGAGGAAGAGGAUGAAAAAAAGGAAGAGGAAGAACCUCCAAAAAGAUCUGCAUUCCAGUUUGUUUAUCAGGCCUGGAUUACUGAUCCUAAGACUGCCCUCCGACAGAGGCGAAAAGAGAAGAAAAAAAUUGAGAAAGAAGGAAGACGAAGGCGGAAAGGAUCUGGAGAUGUUAGUAUCGAUGUGGAGUGUGAAGACAGAGAGGAAUCUACCAAAAAGAAAUCAGAUGGACCUGAUAACAUCAUCAAAAGAAUAUAUAAUAUAUUGAAAUUUACCUGGGUUCUUUUCUUGGCAACAAUAGACAGUUUUACAGCUUGGCUUAAUUCAAUUUCAAGAGAGCACAUUGAUAUUUCCACCGUGCUAAGAAUCGAGAGGUGUAUGCUUACUAGAGAAAUCAAAAAGGGCAACGUUCCAACUCGAGAAAGUAUCCAUAUGUAUUACCAGAACCACAUGAUGAAACUUUCCAGGGAAUCAGGAUUGGAUGAAAUUUAUGAACCUGGACAAGCUGAAAGGACAACGAGUCUGGAAUCUGCAGCAUCGCGAGAUAGCGAAACCAGCUGCUGCACUGAAGCAACCACCCUCUUGUUGUCAAGGCAGUCAACCCUUGAUGAUUUAGAUGGACCAGAAUCUAUUCCUAAAACAAGUGAGCGUGCGCGACCUAGGCUUCGUAAAAUGUACAGCAUGGAUGUAUCCUCCUCAUCUGCUGACAGUGGCAGUAUAGUGUCAAGUGAGGCUACCCAAAUUACUAUGCUAUAUUCCCGUCAGGGAACAGCAGAAACAAUUGAAGAAGUUGAAGGAGAGGAGCCUGAGGAAGAGGGAGCAGAUCCAACAUCAAGGCAGGAGCAUGAUAUGGAAGACUAUUGCUUGGAUUCUGAAGGUGCUGCAUACACUCCUGAUACAGAUAUGCCAUCUUAUUCAGCUUUGGAUGGCAUUGCUGAACCCCCUCCUUCAUAUAGCAAAGUUGUGAGCUUGGAGCUUUUACCUUUGGAUGAUCCCCAAGAUGACUCCUCUGAUAAAAAUCAAAUGAUGGUGAGCCCAGAUGAAAAUCAGUCCAUCAAACUAGAGGAUUCCAUACUCCCUCCUUUGACACAUGAACUGACUGCAAGUGAUCUACUUGUUAACAAAAUGUUUAAAGAUGAAGAAUUGGAUGAGUCAGAAAAAUUCUAUGCUGAUCAGCCACGAUUUUUAUUGCUUGUUUAUGCCCUAUAUAAUACACUUGUAGCCCGUUCAGAAAUGGUGUGUUACUUUGUAAUUAUUUUAAAUCACAUGAUCUCUGCCUCCAUGAUUACCCUCGUACUUCCUAUUCUUAUCUUCCUUUGGGCUAUGCUCUCAGUCCCAAGGCCUAGCAAACGUUUUUGGAUGACAGCUAUAGUCUACACUGAGGUAGCCAUAGUUAUAAAGUAUUUUUUCCAGUUUGGAUUCUUCCCUUGGAACGUAAAUCUAGAAAUUAAAAAAGAUAAACCUGAUCAUCCACCCAAUAUUAUUGGUAUAGAUAAGAAAGAGGGCUAUGUGCAUUAUGAUCUGGUUCAGCUACUUGCUUUGUUUUUCCAUCGAUCCAUUUUGAAGUGUCAUGGAUUGUGGGAUGAUGAAGAUGGAGGAGACAACAUCAGUAGUAAAGAUGACUCUGAUGAUGAGUUGGCUGAAUCAGACCGAAGGGGUUCUUCGGACUCUCUGACAUCCGUUAAUUUGGCAACAUCUGUUGAAUCCAUACAUGUUCAUUUUCCAGAGCAACAGGCAGCAGUCCGUAGGAAAAGUUCAAGCAGUGGCUCACAGCUUUCACGCAGAUCCAGCUACUCUUCUCAUCAUUCAAAGAGAGGAAGUACCAGCACAAGGAACAGCAGUCAAAAAGGAAGCAGUGUGUUGAGCAUAAAGCAAAAAUCAAAGAAAGAACUCCUUAUGGAAAAGCUACGAGAACAAAUGAUCUUAGCAAAGGCAUUUACAAUUAAAAAGACACUUCAAGUAUAUGUACCCAUCAAACAGUUUUUCUACAAUCUGAUCCACCCAGAUUAUAGUGCUGUGACAGAUGUUUAUGUCCUGAUGUUCCUUGCUGAUACUGUGGACUUCAUUAUCAUUGUGUUUGGAUUUGGAGCUUUUGGGAAACACUCUGCAGCAGCAGAUAUUACUUCUUCAUUAUCAGAAGAUCAAGUGCCACAAGCCUUCUUAGUUAUGGUGCUCAUUCAGUUUGGAACCAUGGUAGUAGAUCGGGCGCUCUAUCUGAGAAAGACAGUUAUGGGGAAAGUCAUCUUUCAAGUCAUCCUUGUUUUUGGUAUACACUUCUGGAUGUUUUUCAUCUUGCCUAUAGUGACAGAAAGAAAAUUUAGCAAAAAUACAGUUGCCCAGCUCUGGUAUUUUGUGAAAUGUGUUUAUUUUGGAUUAUCAGCAUAUCAAAUACGUUGUGGCUACCCAACCCGUGUACUUGGCAAUUUCCUCACCAAAAGUUAUAAUUAUGUAAAUCUCUUCUUAUUUCAAGGAUUCCGGUUGGUACCUUUUUUGACUGAACUGAGGGCAGUGAUGGAUUGGGUUUGGACAGAUACUACAUUGAGUCUUUCUAGCUGGAUCUGUGUUGAAGAUAUUUAUGCUCAUAUUUUCAUAUUGAAAUGCUGGCGAGAGUCUGAAAAGCGAUAUCCCCAGCCAAGAGGCCAGAAGAAGAAAAAGGCAGUGAAGUACGGAAUGGGUGGCAUGAUUAUCGUUUUGCUGAUCUGCAUCGUAUGGUUCCCACUGCUCUUCAUGUCUCUUAUUAAAUCUGUUGCAGGCGUCACAAACAAGCCUCUUGAUGUUUCCAUCACAAUAACUUUAGGGGGUUAUCAGCCCAUUUUUACAAUGAGUGCUCAGCAGAGUCAGUUAAGGAAUAUGACUGGCAAAGAAUAUAAUGAAUUUUUUAAAAAAUUUAAAGAUAAUUCUGCUUUGCAGUUUUUAGAGAACUAUGGAAGAGAAGAUAUAACAGUUGCACAGCUUGAAGGCAGUUCAAAUUCAUUGUGGACUAUCAGCCCUCCCAGCCGGAAAAACAUGAUUAAGGAGCUCAAGGCAAAUGAUUCUGAUUUUUCUCUAGUUAUUUCAUGGUCUGUUCAAAGAAAUCUGUCCCUUGGAGCAAAAGCGGAAAUAGCUUCAGAUAAAGUGUCUCUCAGCCUGCCAAUUAAAACAAGAAUAAAAAUUGCUGAAAUGAUGGAACAGUCCAGUUCAUCAAACUUAGUAACACUGGAAGAAGUAUAUCCACAUUAUAUAAAAGCACCCAGUGACUCUGUUGCAAAACCCAUCAAGCAACUUUUGAAAGAUUCAAAAGAUGAAAAUAUCACUGUUUCACUUUCCAAAAAUACUGUGUCUGGAAAUGAGUCUGAUCUUCGAGAAUGGUGGGUCCUAAACCAGACUCGCAAACAUUUAGAUAAAAAUAAGACAAGCCUGGAACUUGUUGUGUUCAGUGACAAAGUUAGUCCUCCUAGCCUCGGAUUCUUGGCAGGUUAUGGCAUCAUGGGCUUAUAUGCUUCCGUUGUCCUGGUAAUAGGGAAGUUUGUCCGUGAAUUCUUCAGUGGGAUUUCCCACUCCAUAAUGUUUGAAGAGCUUCCCAAUGUGGAUCGUAUCCUGAAACUGUGUACUGAUAUUUUCUUGGUGCGGGAGACUGGUGAAUUGGAACUGGAGGAGGACCUUUAUGCCAAAUUAAUAUUCCUGUAUCGCUCACCAGAGACUAUGAUCAAGUGGACUAGAGAAAAGACAAAUUGAUCUCUUGGGAAGUCUUGCUGUAAAUCAAGAAGCCGUUGGUUUGUUUUUAAAGCACAACAUUUUCCUGAGAGUGAAGCCUUUUAUGACUGGGUUGCAAUGAAUUUUUUGUUCAUGGAGUCCACCUGACUACUUAGAAAGCUAUGCUGCCUUUGGAGUCAAAGAUGGAGAAAGAUAGGCCUUGUUUCAAAAUUCACGUCCAGUGACAUUGGAGGAUUUUGUUGCUGUUGUUUGAUGAACAAAGAAUCAUGCAUCCCUCUGACUAAGUUAUUGCGUGGGCCCUAAACUCACCCUCUCAAGGGCAACAGAAGGAUGCUACAACUGAAGUAAGCAGACCUUUAUGUUUUAGGGGGGAUUUUGGUCUUGGAUAGUGCAAUAUGCUGCUUUAUGCCACUGACUUUCAAGGGGCAGCGGUGCUCUGAGAUACCGUCCCAAGAAAUCCAAGGCAACGGGACACAGUGGGUGAUGAAGGAAGUUGUGUAUGUCCAAAAAACCCAGAUUGUAGAAAUUACUACAGAUGAGCUUCUGGAAGUGAAAAACAAAACUCACUGACAUUAUCAUUAAUUGCCUUAUUUUAUUUGAACAUUUACCGGAGACAUUAAAAACAUCAGUGACUUUACUCAGGAAAAUAAAAACAGUCAAAAUUCAACGAAUGGAUAAUGAUCAUGGUGAAA